AUUUCCUUUUGAUACUCCGCCGUCCAUAUAUAAAGUGUUGUUGGGAGCGUCUCAAAUUUCCACACACUUCUGUCACCGGUUCUUUUCUUACCCUCUCUCUGUUUUUUCUUAUUUCUUUGAUUUGUGUCAUUAUGGGUAAAGAUGGAUUCAUGACUCCCAAGGCUAUUGCCAAUCGCAUCAAGGCCAAGGGCUUGAUGAAGCUCAAGUUCUACUGUCAGAUUUGUCAAAAGUCCUGUCGUGAUGAAAACGGAUUCAAAUGCCAUACCAUGUCCGAGUCACAUCAGCGCCAAAUGCUCCUUGUCGCUCAAAGUCCUGGAAAAUUCAUUCACAGUUUUUCAGAUCAGUUCAAAAAUGAGUUUGUCAGUAUUCUUUCUCGUCGUCACGGUACCAAACGUGUUUUUGCCAACCAAGUAUAUCAGGAAUACAUUGCCGAUCGUCACCAUUUACAUAUGAAUGCUACCCGUUGGAACUCAUUGUCCGAAUUCGUGAAACAUUUGGGCCGAGAAGGCAUUUGCCAUGUGGAUGAAACUGAACGAGGAUGGUAUAUUACUUGGAUCGACAAUAGCCCAAAGGCUUUAGCGAGACAGGCUGCUAUUCAAAAGAUGGAUCGUAUGCAAAAGGACGACGAGGAACGAGAACAGCAGUUACUGAACGAGCAAAUUGAAAAGGCGAAAAAGUCGGCUGAGGAACGAGGGGAAAUGGAGACACAGCAAGCUACGGAAUUGAAACGAGACGAAGCAGCGCCCAUCAAAUUGAGCUUGUCAUUGAAGCCAGCGGCCGCCCCGGCUGCCACAGAGGCACCCAAGGCAAUGAACGGCAAUAAAAUGAAGAUGAUGAUGAAAAAGCCGGGUGGAUUAUCAGCGCUGGCGAAAAAGUCGGCCUUUGGAACCUCUGGGGCCUCUGGGGCCUCUGAGAGUAGUACGCCUCAUCGAAGCAAUAUCAUGAUCGGUACCGGAUUGGGCAAACGCAAAUCAAGUGAAGGCAGUGAAGAAGAAUCCUCUUCAAAGAAAAACAAAACCAUACCAGCUUAAAGUCUAACUUUUAAUGUACAUAUCAUUCUAG